UCUCUCGCUCUACCACACCCACCCUGUACGUGCUACUCUUAAAGGAGCCGCACCAUUAUACAACACAAGUUUUAACCUGCUUUUAAGAAAUAAACUGAAUAAAUCGUAUCCUCUUGCAGCGGACAUUUUAAUUGUUUGUAGCGCGUCACCCAAGUGAAACUCCCUAGCUUAGCCUCUCGGUGGUUUUAUUGCUUAUCAUCGCCAACAUUGGUCUUGCUCAGAAUUGUAGCAAAGUAGCUUACAACUCAAUAACGUCACCUGCCAAACCUAAUCUGACAGUAGUUUCACUUUCCCCGAUACUCUGUAUUCGUUGCGCAGUUUGUUUUGCAGAAACGUUCGCACGAAGGAAAAACUGUACAGAACAGGACUGAAAAGGCAUGCUGUUUUGUUGCUGUUUACAAAGAAACUCAAUAAUUUUUCAACUAAUGCUCAUAAAUUCUGAUCGUUAUAGAUAUCAGUUGCAACACAACUGCAAUUUUGUUUAUCAAUGUUAUUCUAAUAUAGUGUAAUAUGAAACAUGGAAAAAAAGUUAAACAAAAUCAAACUUAGCUUUAAUAGAUAUAGUAGUCUAUUAGCUAAUACCAUGUUAAAAGGCAUCAUCUAUGGACUCAUUUUGUUUACAAUCAUAACACCAUGUAAUGAUGAGUAUACAAAGGGAUGUGAUAGAGCUGAGUAUGACUCUGAGAAUGGAUGCUGUCCAGUCUGUUCUCCUGGGUAUUAUGUGCGGAAGCACUGCACAGAGUAUACCAGUACCACGUGCGCUCCUUGUCCUUCGUCCACUUUCUCUGAUGCGGCCAGUGGUCUCACCAGCUGUUUGUCCUGCACAGUCUGUGACGUGGCUGCAGGGUUAAGAGUAAACAGGGUGUGCAGCUCCACUUCAGACACACUCUGUGAGCCUCUGGAAGGUCACUACUGUACAGACCCAAUCAAAGAUGGCUGCCGAGGAGCUGUGGAACACACAAAGUGCUCACCUGGGCAAUAUAUCAAAGAAGUUGGCACUGCAUCUUCAGAUACAGUGUGUGAUGACUGUGGUCAUAACACAUACUCAGAUGGAUCAUUCACAUCCUGCAGACCACACACACGGUGUGAAUCACAGGGAAUGGAUGUCAUCCGAGAGGGAACAUCAUCCUCUGAUUCUGAAUGUGGGAGAAGUGGCACCAGGGCCACUGUUGUCAUUUCAUCAUUGGUGAUGAUGAUGCUGGCAGCAAUGAUAGUCAUGAUGAUGUUUUUUUGGCAAAGGCAAAGAACGGGAGACCAUGGUACAACAGAGGGCGAAAAUCUACCUAUGACUAGUGGGGGAGACAGCAUUCAACACCCUCCACAACCAGAUGGAUAGAACUACGGGCGUGUUCUCAGUCACUGGGCUAUGGGACUGUGUGUAUCAUUGUGCUACCUCCCUAUCUGCCUCCAGAACUGCUGCUCAAAUCAAGUGCUGCUGAACACGCCCGCCAUAUUUCUGGACUCUUUCAAACAGCUUUUGAACAUCUCUCCACCAGGACAGUGGAGUAGAGAAUGAUGAAGCUCAUCUUUACUGAGAAUGAACAAACUGAGGGGCUUUUAAAUGCAUAACCAGAAAGGUUGUGAACGAUGGAGGACAGAGGAACUGAAAUGCAGACAGAUUUGACAAAGCCUUGCUACGCAUCUCCUUCCACUCUCCCAUUGUGUAGUUUGCACACUGAGGCGGUAGUGGGUUGCAGGUGAGUGACGUGGCUGGCACAACACAACUGAUGCCUGCAGAAAUGUCACAUGUUGUGACAACAGCCUCCUACUGGCAGGACAUCUGAUGAAAAUGAUGAAGUAAAAAUUAAGUGAAACUCAGCUGCCUCAUUUGGCCACUCUUAGAGGAUUAGAAACCUCUCCAUCCGUUACAGUUACUGAUCAUUGUACUGUGGGGUGUACCUCUUACACGACUUGGAGUAGCCUACAGCUUGACAUAGAUAUUGACCCUUGUCCCUGGUGCAAU